CCUUUCUCUUUUCCAUUCAUUUUCUUGGUCUUUUCCGUCAGUUCUCUGACUCCCUAUAAAUACUAUCUUCUCUCCUUUUCAUUCUCACUCUCUCGCUAUCAAGUGCUUCUGUUGGGGUUUUGUUGUUGUUCUUUGAUCUGUGAAGAUGGGGCAAGUGUUUGGAUGCGUCCAAGUGGAGCAGUCAAGUGUGGCCAUCAAGGAAGUUUUCGGGAAGUACGAUGAUGUUCUUGAACCUGGUUGCCACUGUGUCCCAUGGUGUCUUGGCAGUCGUGUGGCUGGUGCCCUUUCUUUGCGUGUCAAACAACUUGAUGUUCGUUGUGAAACCAAGACAAAGGACAAUGUAUUUGUUACCGUGGUUGCUUCUAUCCAAUAUCGAGCAUUGGCAGAAAAGACAGUGGAUGCUUAUUACAAACUCAGCAAUACCAGAGCACAAAUCCAAUCCUAUGUCUUUGAUGUUAUCAGAGCAAGUGUUCCAAAGAUGGAACUGGAUGCUACUUUUGAACAGAAGAAUGAAAUUGCGAAAGCAGUGGAGGAAGAACUUGAAAAGGCUAUGUCAGCUUAUGGUUACGAGAUUGUUCAGACUCUUAUUGUGGAUAUAGAGCCAGACGAGCAUGUGAAGAGAGCCAUGAAUGAGAUAAAUGCUGCUGCAAGAAUGAGGGUGGCUGCAAAGGAGAAAGCUGAAGCAGAGAAGAUAUUGCAGAUAAAGCGAGCAGAAGGGGAGGCAGAAGCAAAGUACCUAGCAGGGCUUGGAAUUGCUCGUCAGCGGCAAGCCAUAGUUGAUGGGCUGAGGGACAGUGUGUUAGCUUUCUCUGAGAAUGUUCCUGGGACAACAUCAAAGGAUAUCAUGGACAUGGUUCUCAUGACUCAAUAUUUUGACACAAUGAAGGACAUCGGUGCUUCCUCCAAAUCCAAUGCUGUUUUCAUUCCACAUGGACCUGGUGCUGUUCAAGAUGUUGCUUCACAGAUCAGAAAUGGUCUUCUCCAAGGAAAUGCAUCAGAGUGUUGAAGACAUAUCAUAUCACACCAUAGUACCUCACUGUCAAUGCUGUUAUCAAUUCCAAGCACUUCAGUUUUCUAUAAAAUUUUACAAUGCAGAACACAACCCA